CAGAAUGCAUUUCCAGUGGGACUGGCUAUGUUUGGGUGUCCUGAUAAUGAGCUCAGUAACUACAGAAAUUGAAAAUGAAGAAAAUGGAGAUACAGGUAUUGAAGUGGAGGAUUUUGACAAGGAAUCUGAAGAUCACGACGUUGGCAAAGAUAUGUCUCCUUUAGGGGUUGUGUACCAGACUCCAAAGCCUACUGGGGAAGUAUACUUUACAGAAACCUUUGAUGGAAUAUUGGCAGGGUGGGUGUUGUCUAAAACCAAGAAAGAAGACACAGAUGAUAACAUCUCUAAAUAUGAUGGAAGAUGGGAAGUAGAAGAGCUGAAAGAAAACACAGUGCCUGGAGACAGAGGAUUAGUGUUAAAAUCAAUAGCAAAGCAUCAUGCAAUAUCAGCUAUGCUAACAAAGCCAUUUAUUUUUGAUGAUAAACCUUUGAUUGUUCAGUACGAAGUCAAUUUUCAAGAAGGUAUUGACUGUGGCGGAGCGUAUGUUAAGCUUCUGUCCAGAAGUGAUGACUUGGAUCUGGAAUACUUUUUUGACAAAACACCUUAUACUAUUAUGUUUGGACCAGAUAAAUGUGGAGAAGACUACAAACUACACUUUAUCUUCAGACAUAAGAAUCCUAAAACUGGAGAAUAUGAUGAAAAACAUGCAAAACAAUCUGUUGCAGAUCUAAAAAAAUUCUAUAUGGACAAGAAGACACACCUCUAUACUCUUGUGCUGAAACCAGAUGAUACUUUUGAAAUGUUAAUCGACCAAUCAGUUGUCAGUAAAGGAAGUCUUCUGGAGGAUAUGAUUCCUCCAGUAAACCCACCUAAAGAAAUAGAUGAUCCUAAUGAUAAGAAGCCUGAUGACUGGGAUGAGAGAGCAAAAAUACCAGAUCCCAAUGCUGUAAAACCAGAUGAUUGGGAUGAAGAUGAGCCUUUGAAAAUAGAAGAUCCUGAUGCUGUGAAGCCUGAGGGAUGGCUUGAUGAUGAACCGAAGUAUAUUCCAGACCCUCAUGCAAAAAAGCCAAAGGACUGGGAUGAAGAAAUGGAUGGUGAGUGGGAAGCCCCUCAGAUUCCAAAUCCCAAGUGUGAGACUGCACCUGGUUGUGGACCAUGGGUGCAUCCUGUGAUGAAUAAUCCAAAAUAUAAAGGAAAAUGGAAACCACCUAUGAUAGAUAAUCCUAAUUAUCAGGGAAUCUGGAGACCCCGGAAAAUUUCAAACCCAGACUAUUUUGAAGAUCUUCACCCAUUUGAGAUGACUGCUGUCAGUGCUAUUGGUUUAGAGCUCUGGUCUAUGACAUCAGAUAUCUACUUUGAUAACUUCAUUAUAUGCUCAGAAAAAGAAGUAGCAGAUCGCUGGGCAGCAGAUGGCUGGGGCUUGAAAAAAUUAAUAGCAAGUGCUAACGAGCCUGGUAUGUUCACUCAGCUGGUGACUGCAGCAGAUGACUACCCAUGGCUUUGGGUUCUUUACAUCCUGACUUUAGCUCUCCCUGUUGGUCUGGGUGUGCUGUUCUGUUGGCCAGCAAAGAAGAUAGAUGAAGAUAUCGGCUUCAAAAAAAGUGAUAUACCUAAGCAAAUUACAAAGGGAGAACUAGAACAAGAGGGACAGGAGUUAGAAGAUGACGAAAUAGAAUUAGAAGAGGAAAAACAAAAUAAAGAAGAGAUUGCUGGAGAUGAAAGAAGAGAACUGGAGGAGACAAAAAGUGAGCUGAUGAAGGAAACGAGGCAGAUGGGAAGGAGGGAUCCCCCUUCAGAAGGUGAGGGUGAAGCUGGUGAAGAUACUGAUGAAGAGGAAAAUGAAGAUGGAAGCCAAGAAGGUGAUAAAUCAAAUAAAUCUGGCUCAGAUGAUGAGAUGAAAGAAGCUGAUGAAGGCACAGGCUCUGGAGAUGGCCCACUGAAAUCAGUUCGCAAAAGGAGAGUACGAAAAGACUAAGUUUUUUUCCAGCUAAUAUUUUUAGAACUUGAUAAUUGUAACUUUUGGUAUGGCAUUGCAGUAG